AAUAAAGUUGAGGUCAAAAAUUAUCGCCGCUGUUAUCUUUAAAUAUGUUAUCAUGAAAACAAAGAUAACAUCACCCCUGAACUGGAGUGGACUGAUAUACCCGUUCAAAAUAGUUCACCAUGGCUUUUGUGACAACAUUAUUACCGGUCAGCCUUUUGUUGUUAUCUACACUACUACAUCCCAUAAGAACAGCCUACAAAGGACAUCCGUGCCCAUCACCAUGCCGUUGUUACGAGUUCUUGGGCAUCCAGUCUGCUUACUGUAAUAACACGGGGAUAAGUGCCGUACCUCAGGGUAUUCCGGAAGAUACUCAAUUGCUCGAUCUAUCACGGAAUCCGAUAACGUUCAUCAAGGUCGGUGCUAUAAACAAUCUACCAAACCUGCAGUACAUUGUUCUAAAUUCUAAUGGAUAUCAUGAAGGGAGUAUAGAAUUCGGUGCACUCGAUUUGCCUAAACUAACAGAUAUUGACUUGGACGACAAUUCUUACACAUCGAUCCCGAAAUCCCUACCAAAUAAAAUGACUUCCCUAACAAUUGAUUUAAAUCAAAUUACUGUACUGAAAGCUGAUAGUUUCAAUGGAUAUCCAAACUUACAAACUUUGCGACUAGAGAACAAUGGUUUGUACAAAAUCGAGACUAAGGCUUUUACUCCUCUCCCAGCUCUUCAAAGUCUUUCCAUCCGAUUCAACAAUCUAACGGAUAGUGGCAUCCCGCCUAAUCUUUUCUCCAAGAAUCUUAAUCUCACUCAACUUGAAAUGAGAUUCAACAAAUUCAAACAUGUGUUGCCUGAUUUGCCGCCGUCAGUACAAUACGUGGAUUAUGUCGGAAACCAGAUUACCAUGCUGCCAGCGUAUGCACUCCAAACAACACCCAACCUAAACACAUUUGAAGCUUGGCAAGGGCAGAUGACGACACUAGAAGACAAUGCGUUUUACGGCUUGCACAAACUUACCCUUCUUGACUUCAUGGAAAAUAAGAUUUCUUCUGUCUUAACUAAAGACACAUUCAACGGUUUGACUGGGCUACAAACCCUUUAUCUGGACGAGAAUAAUAUAAGCAGAAUCGAACCAGGAGCACUGCGUUCUUUCAGUUCUCUGUCGUCAUUGUGGCUCCAAGCAAACCAAUUGUCUGCUCUUGACCCGGAAGUGCUCGAUGUUAAAUAUAUUCCGAAACUGUCCGAGCUAUAUAUAGACACCAAUCCCUGGUACUGUGACUGUCAUCUGCGUUGGUUACGGGAGAAAGUUGGUAACGCCUCCUAUGUGAUCCAGGAUCCACACUUGAUCACGUGUGCUGGACCAGCAAAAAUUGCGGGAAAGGCAUGGGACGUUCUUCAGCCAAGUGAUUUUGUCUGUCCUUAGAAAAGAACGAUUUGUUGUGAAAAAAACACACACAUACGCCAACGAUACGUACGUGAAUAAAUAAUCGCACAUCCCCUGCCAAAAGAAAUUUGACUCAUUUUUCUUUAUAGGGAUAUGUAUUCUCUAUACAAAGGCUAUGCUAUGAAUAGCUAUCAGCAGUACAGUUGAAUAGCUUUGCCCAUUUACUAUUAUUAUCAUAAAUAUUAUAUCAAAUAGUAUCUAUGUCAAGAGCAAAUGUACAUUUAUCAGAUAUCACUUGUAUUAUAAUCUCGAUUGACAGCCAAGUAAAGGUAAUAAAUUAUUAUUCUCAUGA